UCGUGAAGCUGUGUGUGUUGGAUGUGAUGAAGCACUGAUUGCUCUCGGGGCGGGUCUCCGGAAUAUAACGGCUUUACCGACUUAUAAAGUGAAUGGGAGGUUUGAUGUUUAAUGUCGUAAAGGCGCUUUGAAAGCAGGCCGAGGAAUCCGUGUGUUGAACAUCUUCACUGUCUUUACUCACGCAAACCGCAGGUGGAGCCGCGCGUGCCGCGUCUCUUUUGUUCUUACGCCCCAUUGAGCGCGACGCGAGCGUUACUAUCACCGGAGCGUCUGAGCCGAGACAGACGGGGAGACAUGAGGAGGAUGAAGGGUGUGGUCCUGUCUUACGGCGAGCUCCUGCAGAAACACGCACACACAGCUCUCCUGUUCUAAUAUUGACCUGAGCGCGCUUCAGUGGCGCGGGGAUAUUCAGGAGAGUACGUCAGUGCAGACGCUGACGGUCACUUCAAAGCCUUUAGGCUUUUGUUUUAGCGUGACCUUUGAACCCAGCAACCAUAACCCCGUUACGUUCCUGGCCACAGCGGAGCUCAGACUGAAUGAUGUGUGACGACCUGCUGCUCUGUCAAGGCCUCAUAAAUACGCAUUUCACUAUUAAAUUAAAAGGCCCUCGGUGGACAAAAGCCUCACUGGACGCUGAUGGACAAGCUUAGCUCCAGCGGUCACUCUUCUAUGGAAGCCCGUCUCUGCCACCGGAUAAAAAAGGUUGAGAAGAACGAAGAGGCUGAUCAGGAGAUCAAGCAGGAUGGAACCAAACCGGAGGAAAACGCCCACAAGGCCGCCACCAAGAUCCAGGCCAGCUUCCGUGGACACAUCACCCGGAAAAAGAUGAAGGACGAGGAGAAAGACGAGGAGAACGACGCCGCUCCGGACGAGUCCGCCGAGGAGAAGGAGGAGCGAGUCUCUCCAUCGGAGGAGAAACCUGCCGAGGUUUCCAUGGAAACAGCAGAGGAGAGCAAACCGGCCGAGCAGCCCAACUCACCUGCAGCUGAAGCCCCGCCCACCACGGCCACUGACUCCGCCCCCUCGGACGCGCCCACUAAAGAGGAGGUGCAGGAGCAGCUGCAGGAGGCGGAGAACCCCACUGACGACAUAAACGCACAGAAGGAGGAGGAAGCCAAACGAGCCGAUGUGCCUGCCGCCGAGAGCCAGGAAACCGACCAAAUAGACAAAAAAGAGGCUGUCGACGACUCCAAACCAGCAGAGGACGCCGGCGAAGAGGAGAACGUUUAACAUCGACCAGUGAAAUGUACAAGCAUAAGUAACCGACAGACUGCUCUUGAUGAUGAAGACGGUCUGUUUUUAUGUUUGUCCUCUCUGUUCUGCUGUGUGGAGGGAGUUUUCCAGUGCGGAUCGAUCUCUUCAUCCAUCCGUCUGGAGCUCAUCGCAUGAGAAUCCUUCCUCCAGAGACGAGAACCUUCUCACACGCACCCAACUAAUACAUGUGGCUUCUUUUACUGUCCUUGGUGUUAUGAGCGUUUCAUUGGAGAUAUUGCUGCACUGAUGUUAAAAAUCGAGAAAAUCCAACAAAAAGAAAAAGCGCCAGGCUUUCUGUUCAAGUGUGUUUGAAUCUGAGUAAAAUCGUGGAAAAUGGUUUCGUCCGUUUUCAAAAUAAAGAAAUGUGCCAAUUAUGUUCAGGACGCGCGUCGUUCUUUCAGCCUGAUCUCGUGAAGAGUUGCUCUGAUGAGUAAUUACACGAGUGCAGGAUCAUCAGAUCAACAUUAAUCACAACCUGUGAGCGCUGAAUGAUCUGUUAAAGCUUUUAAAGGUUAGGAUUCAAAGAAAAUCCAGUUUCGGGCUUCUAAAUCAUCACUACUGUGACGUCACACUGAUUUUAUUUCAUUAUUGCAGAUGUUGAAAUGAACAUUUCACUAUAACAGUCACUAUGAAGACCUGAGUUUAUAAGAUAUUCAGUGUGAAAGUGAAACAAAGCCAGACUGUGAUUACUUUAUUAGCUGCAGUAUAUCAUAAUGUCUGUGUAAGCAGAGAUAAUAUUAGAUAAACUACAGAAUUAAUUCUCCAGCAGAAUAUCCACAACACAGCUGUCAGAAACAACAUCUGUUAUAGAAUACAUAACCUAUUAAAUGACUGUCAAAUUAACAUGCCAUUAUUAAUUACAGGGCAAAAGUCUGAAUUUAUCAG